GGUGCUAUAUUUAGAGAAGAACUAAAAUAUAUUUUACAUCAAAUUAACUAUUAAAUAAAUUCUCUCUUCAAAGUUCUUUAGUAUCAAAAAAACACAUGGAGAGUAGCUUGCUCUACCAAGCUGCCCGGGAAGGGAAAGUCGCCGCUUUAAGAGAACUUCUUCAACUAGAUAAUUUAAUUCUCGACAAGCUCUUCAUUAAUAAUAGUUUUUCCGAGACGCCUCUUCAUGUGGCGGCUAUGCUCGGCCAUGUAGAUUUUGUGAAGGAGAUCCUAAAUCACAAGCCCGACCUUGCCAAGGAACUUGACAUGUGUCGCUGCACACCGCUCCACUUGGCAGUGGCUAACGGCCAUCUUGAAACUGUCAAACUAUUACUUUCAGUCGUUGAUUGUGAACUCUUAUGCACGUCUUGGGAUGAAGAAGGGAGAAACCCUCUCCAUCUUGCUGCCAUGAGAGGGCGAAUUGAUGUGUUGAGGGAGUUACUCAAAGUAGCUCCUAAGGCUUGUCAAGUCGGUUUGAAGGGUCAAAGUGGGACCAUUUUGCAUGUUUGUGUGAGACAUAAUCAGUUGGAAGCUAUGAAGGUUUUGGUGGAUGUUAUAGAUAAUUACCAAUUUGUGAAUGCCAAAGAUGAUUAUGGUAUGACUAUUUUGCAUUUGGCAGUAACACAUAAACAAAUUGAGACCGUAAAGUUUUUGCUUACAAAUACUAAAAUUGAAGUCAACGCUGUCAAUGCAAACAUGUUCACUUCAUUGGACAUCUUAGCGCAGAGUCAAAGAAGCGAGAAAGACUUUGACAUUGUAGAAUCUCUUCGAUCUUAUGGAGCUUCACGAACCAUAGAUCAACCUGUACCUAUGAAAAGGCCUAUCAUUCGAGAUGUCAUAGCUAGCCCUGAGAUUCGUAAUGAUCAUGUUCAUCAAAUACAAAAAAUUCAAAAGGACAACAAUAAGGAAACAAAAAAUCCAGAAGGCUGGUUAGUAAGAAAGAGAGAAUCGUUAAUGAUUGUUGCUUCCCUUAUUGCCACUAUGGCUUUUCAGGCCGGAAUAAGUCCUCCAGGCGGUCUUUGGGAAGAUCAUGGCACCUCAUAUGACGAGUCAAUUUCUAAAAAUGUUACCCAUGUUGCAGGGGAGUCAAUAAUAAGUUAUUACCCAAAUAUGUCAGAUUAUCAUGCUUACUUGAUUAGUAACACCGUGGGGUUCGUUGGAUCAUUGAGCAUAAUCUUACUACUUGUCACGGGCUUGCCCUUUUGUCGCAAAUUCUUGAUGUGGACCUUGACAGUGAUUUUGUGGGUGACUAUCACAGCUAUGACCAUUACAUACCUUAUUGCUAUUCUUGUUGCUGCUCCAAGCCAUGAUAUUCUCAAUACUCCAGCUAAAGUGAGUCUGUGUUUAGUAGUAAGCUGGGCUGGAGUCAUGUUAUUGAUUGCACUACUCCAUACGAUUCAUGUUGCUAUAAAGUUAUUGAAAUGGUUACGAAACCUAAUCAUCAAAAGAAUUAGAAGAAGAAAACAAAACAACAUUGACAAUGUGGAAACUACUUUGAUGUGAUCAUAUAUGUUGGUUUAGAAUUAUAUUGUUAACUAAGUUAGACUAUGAAGGUGUUAGACUGUUAAUAUAGGUAAUUGUGGGCCAUGGCUUGUCAAAGAAUGUAAUCGAUUGUGUAAUGUCAUUUCAUGACUGUUAGUUAGUUGAAAGUCCCUUGGCUAUAUAUAUUGCUCAUAGUCAUAAGAUAACAGUGACUCUUGUAUUCAUUAAUAUACAAUCAAUAAAGGAAUCAUAUUCUCUCG